AUGAAAGGAAGCUCUCUGAAGGCCGUAACUGAGGCGUGGAAAGGUCAACUUCAUCACAUAACUACACCAAUCUUUUAUCCCAAUGCUAGGCCUCAUUUAGGCCAUUUAUACUCAAGCUUGUUGUGCGAUGUGAGUAAAAGAUGGCAUGCAAUGCUGGACCAGAAAACACUACUUACAACCGGGACAGACGAACAUGGCCUCAAAAUCCAAACUGCCAGCGAGAAAAACGGCUUUGCCAGCCCCAAAAAAUUCGUAGAUACUCUGUGCCAGGAUUUUUUCAAGCUCGAUCAGCAUGCAAAUAUUGACUACACACGAUUUAUUAGAACUACCGACCCAGAUCACGCAAAGUGCGUCCAAGAGCUGUGGAACAGAUGCUGGGAACAUGGCUACAUUUAUAAAGGCGAGCAUGGCGGAUGGUACUCUGUCUCUGACGAGUGCUUCUAUCCAGACUCGAAAGUUGUGCAACUUGCGGAGGACGGACAGGAAAUAGCACUCCCGCCUAAAAGUGACAUCAACAAAAGUGGAACUUUUAUCAACACCGAAACGAGAAAUGAGGUUGUCUACCACUCAGAAAUCAAUUAUUUUUUCAAGCUUUCAGCAUUCCAGGACCGGCUGUUGUCGUUUCUGGAAAAUGAGAAUCCAAACUUCAUUUAUCCUCCCUCUCGACGUGACCAUAUUUUGAACGAGCUGCGUGAGUCUCAAUUGCGGGAUCUCUCAGUAUCCAGACCCUGUUCGAGGAUAAGGUGGGGAAUUGACGUCCCGCAGGACUCAUCUCAAAAGAUUUAUGUUUGGUUCGACGCUCUGUGCAAUUACUUGACCUCAAUAGGCGGGGUUGAUGCCAUUGCGGGCAAGAAAGAGGUGGUUUUGAAUCACAAUGGUCUGCAAGGCGUUCAAAAUGCUCAUCAAUGGUGGACAAGCACCACUCACUUGAUCGGAAAAGAUAUCGCCAAGUUCCAUGCCAUUUAUUGGCCAAGCUUCCUGCUUGCAGCUGGUUUACCAUUACCGAAGCAGAUAAUUGUUCAUGGACAUUGGCUUUCUGGAGGCACCAAGAUGAGCAAAUCAUUGGGUAACGUCGUCGAUCCGCUAGAAAUGAUUUCGUACUAUGGAUGCGAUCCGAUGAGGUGGUAUAUCCUAGAGAAUUCACAUAUCGAGGCCGAUGGCGAUUUCCGUGAGGACCGUCUGCACUCGACACGCGAGCAGCUGGUGUCUAAAUGGGGGAACUUGUUGAACAGGUGCUGCGGUUCGAAGUUUAACAUCUCCAGAGCUAUUAGCACCUUCUGUUCCGCAAGCGAAAAUUGUCAAGAGAGGUCCUUGAUUUUGAAAGAUGCCAGCUCGAAAGCGGCGUUCUUAAGUUUAGAGCAAAGCCUAGAAAAACUACCUGCAUCUUUUCAUGAGCACAUAAAGAACCUUGAUACCCGGUCAGCUCUGAAUCUCCUGCGAGACGUUAUCAACGAGGCAAACGCCUUUGUACAAAGCACUACACCUUGGCUCAAAUCAGGCUCGGAUCAAGAUCUCAUAAUAUUCAUAGCCGUCGAAACUGUAAGAAUCACGGCAAUUCUAUCUCAGCCAAUAAUCCCAACACUGUCAGGUCAGCUACUGGACCGCCUCGACAUUUCUGAGAAUAAAAGGUCUAUAGCAUAUGCUAUCCUCGGAUCGGACAACUCUUACGCUGAGCACGCGAACGAAAAAGGGCGGCCAGUUGCCAUUAAAAGAAUUCCACUUAGGGCUCAGACUUAG